AUGUUACGCGAAAAUAGAUGGAAAGUAUUGCUAGUGGUGAUCGUAGGAGCGAUGGCGGCCGAGCCGAGCCGGGCUGUGAGCCUGGUCUAUCAAAAACCAUACAAACAAAUCAUGUUCGUUCCCAAAAACCUUUACAGACGGAACCGAAAACAGCGAGUGUUAUUUUUGGAUGAGGACGAAAACCACCAGCCAUUCGGGCGCGGAGAAAUCGACCUGACUGUCGACAAAAGUUACGACUCCAAAAUUAAGUUCGACGACAAUCAGGAUUACGAGUUCACGUCGCCAGAAGACCAGAAAUCCAUCGCUGCAUCCCCAUCUGGGAACGAAAGAUUCUAUGAGCCUCUACCGAGAUUUAGGCCGGCUUAUCAGGCCUAUCCUGCUUAUUAUCAGGGAAGGUUCGGUCGUCCUUACGCUCCAGGGUUUGGCUUCGACCCUUACAUACCACAGGUGCCUUUUGCGCCGUCACGGAACAGUUUUUAUGGGCAAAACACCGGUUGGAAGGCGAGAAGUCCUCGUGUAGUCUUUCCAUACGCGUCAGAUAGUGUUAAUUCGUUAGUGCAGACUAAUUCCCACGCAGGACCAGGUGGUAUAGAUAAUGUGGUGUUCCGUGAACAGAAUUUUGGCAUUAACGACAUUGGGACGGAUGAACAUAGCCUUCAGGAUAUAGGAUCCGGGAACGGAGACGCUUUCGCUGAGAGAGAUGCCAACGACCACCAUCGAGCUCGGAUAACGGAGAACCGCAAACCGUUUUUUCAAAAGCCAAUGUUUAUACAAACAGAUGGAAUUAAAAACGGGAAUCUAAAAAGAAUAGAUUAUUAUUUCCCAAACGUGACAAGUACAGUCCUGCCGAAAUUCAAGCCUAUAUCCGACGAGCAGAUGUUGAGAAUGAGCCAGAUUUUGAAAGAUAUGCCGAGACUGAGUAAACCUACUCACAUGCCGAGUUUGAUGCCAAGUACCCGAAAAGGCAGGCUCUUAGAAGUGCCAAGUAAAGACCGGCAGGAGGGGUGCCCUCAGGGAGGGACGUGUGAGUUUUUUUUUUACUGUUGGAUGGUCGGAGGCCUGCUUGAGGGGUCCUGCGGAGGCUUGCUUAAAGGCUGUUGUCACAGAGUAGCGAAGGCUGGCAUAUUGGGAGUACAAGACUCGAAUAGCAUAGAAUAUUCGGGCAACGAAGGACUAAGUUACGGUCCAGUGAUAAAUGAUGAAAGUUGUGGCAUAGCCGUCAACAAGCAGACUGCACAGCGCCGCAUCGUGGGUGGCGAUGAUGCCGGCUUCGGCACCUUUCCCUGGCAGGCUUACAUACGCAUCGGUUCCUCUAGAUGCAACAUGCUAAUGUCAAUAUUCGAGUUGAUCGGAUGGAAGCAAUGUUGGAUAGAGAGGUGUGGCGGCUCCCUAAUAUCUCGUCGCCACGUCGUGACGGCUGGCCAUUGCGUGGCGCGUGCGCAGCCUCGACAUGUUCGAGUGACACUCGGAGAUUACGUCAUCAACUCGGCUGCGGAACCCCUCCCGGCGUAUACCUUCGGCGUCCGCGCCAUAAAAGUGCAUCCACUCUUCAAGUUUACGCCUCAAGCCGAUAGGUUUGACGUCGCAGUACUAACGUUGGACAGGAAUGUUCAUUACAUGCCGCAUAUAGCACCAAUAUGCCUUCCAGAGCGCGGCUCAGACUUCUUGGGCCAGUACGGGUGGGCGGCGGGUUGGGGCGCGCUGAGCCCCGGCUCGCGGUUGCGUCCGCGCACGCUGCAGGCGGUCGACGUACCCGUGCUCGACAACAGAGUCUGCGAGCGGUGGCAUCGCGCUAACGGUAUAAACGUGGUAAUCUAUCCCGAGAUGCUGUGCGCGGGGUACCGAGGGGGCGGCAAGGACAGCUGUCAGGGGGACAGUGGGGGCCCUUUAAUGUUGGAGCGGACAGGACGCUGGUACCUCAUAGGAGUGGUCUCUGCCGGAUACUCCUGCGCAAGUCGCGGCCAACCCGGCAUCUACCACCGCGUCGCGCACACCGUCGACUGGAUAUCACACGCUACAACGUUGUCAUAGCGAUAGUUUAAC